AUGCUCAGUCGACUCAAUCUACUUAAGCGCCACCUUCCUCUGUCGUUUGGCCCCGCCCGUCCAACUACCCCGGCCCUCUCGACUUCGUCCCUGGCUCCGUGCUCGGCUCCGUUCGCGAUGACAUCAGCAUCUGCUGCCGCCAAUUUGAACUUCACCAAGCCGAUUCACACGGCUGCGUGCCUCAUUAUUGGAGAUGAGGUGCUUGGGGGGAAGACCAUCGACACCAACUCCCCGUUCCUGGCCAAAUUCUGCUUUGACCUCGGCAUCCAGUUGAAGAGGGUAGAGGUCAUCCCCGACGAUGAAGAGGAUAUCAUCGAAGCGGUUCGCCGCAUGAGUGCCCGAUACGACUUUGUCGUGACCAGUGGAGGCAUUGGACCGACACACGACGACAUCACCUACUCCUCCAUAGCCAAAGCCUUCGGCCUAAAACUUCAACUCCAUCAAGCCGCAUUUGAACGCAUGAAGCGUCUCUCUCGCCCACAUCCCAUGCAACCCAACUUCGACUGGGACACCCCCUCCCCCGGCCUAACCGCCAAGCUCCGCAUGGUCGAGAUGCCCUUCGACGAGAACAUCCCAGCCGAGAACCAGGCCCUUUUUGUGGCAGAGGACAUGUGGGUGCCCAUCUCCGUCGUGAACGGCAACGUCCACAUCCUCCCCGGCGUCCCCCGUCUCUUCGAGCGCCUCCUGCAACACCUGAAGCCCUUCAUUGUCCACCGUCUCUCCGAUCCCGAGGGCAAGGGUACCUUCCGUUUCCUGUUUAGCACGCCCCUACCUGAGAGUGCAGUCGCCCCAUUCUUGACUGAGCUUGCGGCUAAGGUCGAGCCGAAAGGGGUUAAGGUUGGUUCUUAUCCUCGUUGGGGCAAGAAGCGGAAUACCGUUACCUUGGUCGGUGCGGAUAAGGCUUAUCUUGAAUCGUUGGUUGCGGAAGUUGAGGCUGGUGUGCAGGGGAAGUAUGUUACCAAGGAGGAUGAGAUGGAUCUGCCGGAUGACAAGGAGCAUAUCUACAGUCAGUAG